GGUUGUGACCAAGUUAGAAUUUCUCUAGAAUGACUUAUCUGUGUAGUUUUGGUGGGCUAUCUUCCUACAAAACCAGCUUCGUUUCAUUCACUUUAAGCACACAAAUAAAAAAGCUUUUGUAAGUUAAAGCUCACUUACAAAGAGAAAGAUAACUAUAUGCUUCAUAUACACAAAUCAAAUGGCACCCUCUUACUGCGUUAAGGAGAACAAAGAGUGUGUGAAAUGGGUUGAGACAUACUUCAAAGACUGUCUUUGCAAUUUGAGAGAUGACAUAUCAUUCAGUUUGGGACUCAUGAGUUUAGUAUCAUGGGGAGUUGCUGAAAUUCCUCAGAUAAUCACCAUUUUUCGCAACAAGUCAAGCCAUGGAAUUUCCCUUGCCUUUCUCCUUACUUGGGUAGCAGGAGACAUAUGCAACUUGGUGGGUUGCCUCCUUGAACCAGCUACGCUGCCUACACAGUUUUACACAGCUCUGCUUUAUGCAAGCACUACAAUCAUAUUACUACUGCAAAUUGUAUACUAUGAUCACAUCCUCAGAUGGUGCAAACAUCGUCAGAAUGUUAAGAGUAAAUUGGAUAAUGAAGAAGAGAAAAGACCCUUGAAUCCAAAACCAAGUCAAGUGUACUCUGGGAUUGCAAUACCAAAUGGCACACAAAAAGAAGCAGCUCGAGGGGAGUACUACUACAUGUCAGCAAGAUCGUUAGCGGGGAGUGCAACUCCACCCUCGUUUACCCAUCUAAGAGCUGCUAAAAGUGGUCCUUCAGCCUUGGAAUUCAUCCACGAUUCUUCUGAUGAUGAUGAAGCAUCUCAAGUUACGUCCAAUAUCUCUACAACCAAGCCUUGGUCCAUACCACGUUCUGUCGAUGGACGUUAUGGAACAUUUCUAGCUACAGCCAUUAACUUGCCCUUAAAGGGUAAUUCAAUGAGAUAUGGAUACAUAGGAUUUACUGGAAUAAAACUCCUUAAGGAGAACGAGGUACAUAGUACAUAUGGACAAUAUUUGGGAUGGAUCAUGGCUGCUAUAUACACAUGUAGUCGAAUUCCUCAAAUAUGGUUGAACAUUAAAAGAGGUAGUGUAGAGGGCUUAAAUCCUUUCAUGUUCGUUUUUGCACUGAUUGCUAAUACUUCUUACGUGGGAAGUAUUCUUGUACGAACAACUGAGUUUGAAAGCAUCAAAGCAAAUUUGCCAUGGUUGUUGGAUGCCACAGUUUGCGUGGCACUAGACUUUUUUAUAAUAUCGCAGUACAUUUACUAUAGAUACUUUCGCAGCAGUGAAUCAAGUGAUGAUGGAGAAUACUUGAAGUAGAAGCAAGUUGAUCAAUCUUGAUUUAUGUAGCUGUGAUGUACUCAUGUCAAAUUAAAUAAAUAAUUUACAAAAAUUGAGCCAUUAUAAUGCUUAUUUUAGACUAUUUAAGAAGAGUGUGUAUGAUAGUGGCUAUACUCUGAAAUUGUUCAGUUGAUUCAAUCACAUGGAUAGCUGUGAGACUCAUAUGAGAGACCAUAGUUUCUUUAGAAGUCUGAAUUUCUUUAUCAUAAUUUUUUAUGGAGCUAUUUCCGAUCUAACUCACUUUGUAAUUUGUUCAACUGGAGAUGGGUCAAUGAUUCGAAUUUAAUUUUA